AUGGAUUUUGAUGGUAUUAUUAGAUUAGGUAGAGAGAUAGGAUUGGAAGGAGAGGAGUUGACAAAUUUUGUUGCAGAGGAAAGAGCAUUGAUUAGGGAAGAACGGGUAAGAGAUAGGGAAUCUAGAGUUGCAGAAAGGGAGUUUGUUUUGAGACAAUUGGAAAUUAAAGAAACUUUGGUUGAUAAGGAAAUUAUGUUGGAAAAUUUAAAACAACAAACUUUAGAAUCAUCGUUGUCAACUAGUGAUUUAGAAAGCCGGAAGAAGACCAAUCAUGAAAUGAAGAAUUGUAUUUUAUUGAAUAACAUUAGGUCAAAUGCUGCAUCUGUUUCCAUAGAUUCAGAACGAAAUGGUAAUAAAGUUGUUGGUAAUAGUAACCAGCAGAAAUAUCGCGAUGUAAAACAAAAACCAAAGUGUGACUUUAAUAAUUCAGUUAAUGCUUGUGUUUCAGAUGAUGGUAUCGAUAAAGAUGAAAUUUCAUAUUUAAGUGCAUCUUGUAAAAGAGCUUUGGCUUAUAACUGUUCAAUGCCUAUUCCCUGA